AUGCCUUUGUACAACGUUACCCUGAAGCAGGAUGCUCCCCCAGAGGAGCUAGAGAAAGCGAAGGAGACGGCCAAGUCCCAGGGCGGUACCAUCAAGCACGAGUUCAGUCUCAUCAAAGGCUUCACAGUUGAAUACCCCGAAGACCACGUCGGCCCCCUCCAGAGCAACGACCACGUCCAUGUCGAGGAAGACCAGGAAGUUCGGACUCAGUAG